UUUAAAAGGACAGAGCAAAAAUUGCCAUUAAUGGUUGCACCUGUGGGGAAGAGCGAUAAGAGCAAACCAAGAGGUAGAACUGAUAAAAGGCUGCUGUGAGCACUUGCCUAUCCUAGAAAAGGGAGUGUUAAGCUCCCUAGGCAUAGAGUGGUGAUUAGAGGUGAAAAGAAAAAUGGAGCCUCCAGAGUGUGAGCAGAGGAUCACAAAGGUCUCUCUAGCUGAGCUUCUGAAGUGUUUUGAACAUCCUAUAAGUGAGGAGCAAGCCUGGGCUAUCUGCUUUCAGUGUUGCAGAAAAAUAGAGCAGUUGGCUCAGGGGCUGUUCCCAUCACUCCAUUCUGUAUUUAUAAAAGGUUCUGGGAGCAUCUUUAUCCAUGCUGAUGGUACUGCUUCCUUCAAGGUCUACCACAAAUCUGAUGCUAGCAGCAUUCAGCAGUCAGAGGACAAGCUGUUGGAGCACUUGGGAAUGGUGAUCUAUGAAGCCCUGGACUGGGGAAUCGACAGCCAAGUGGAGCGAGAACUGAGUGAUCCUUUGGAGAAACUGCUGUGCCUCAUGUUGAAACUGGAUGACAAGGCAAUGAAACCACCAGUCACCCUGCAGGAUGUUAUCAAGGUCUGCGAGGAGCACUUGUCCAGGCCUUCUGAGGCUACCAGCCACUAUGAAAUGACUUGUAGGAGUCUGUUUACUGAAUAUAUGGAACUUCAGAAGCUUGUAACCAUCAUCCAGACCUCCAAAGAGAGACUGAGAAAAAUGGAUGUGGAAGAUUGGGUGGAAAACCCCAUUCAAAAGAAGAAAACCCAUGGUGCAUCCCUGUGGCCUGGUGUCAUCUGUGAGCUGCAGACUGGCGUGAGGCUGCGCAAGGCCGCUGAGCGACCGCAGCGUUGUGUGUCUCCAAAAGAACGCAUUCGCUCUCCCUACGAGCUACUUUUGGAUGACAUUCAGCACAAGAGGUACACCCUGCGGAAGGUGACCAUCAAGCAAAAACACAGGGCCCCCAAAGUUGAUGUAGCUGCUCCCAAGCCUCAUCUAAAGCCGAUGUUGAAGGUGAAGCUGAAACAGUGUGUGCCCCAGGAGCCCAGCUGGCACAAACAGCUCAUGGCAGAAAUAAAACAACCACCGAAGCUUCGGUCAGCAGCAGCAGCACAGGAAAAGGGGAGCAGCUCCAAAGAAAUGCUUGUGGCAUCAAAUACUGCCUUGAACUCUCCAAGUGACAGUUUCUUCCAUCUCCAAGAUGCCAGUACUGAGUUUAAAAUUGCCAACACUACAACACAGCAGCUGGGACCAGGAGCUCAGGAAACCACUCCCAAGCUGCCUGCCAGUGCCUGCCUUCCCUCCACCAGGCCACCAGGAGUAUCCUGUUUCAGCACAGGUUUCGCUGCAAAUUUUAUGUGUCCUCCCAUGAGUGCACCCACACCAGGAGACAUUAAACUGAAGUGUUUCCUGAGCACUGGCCAACAGAAGCUGCCUCCUUACAGAGGAAGGUCCAGAUCUUUAGAGAGAGGCCUUCAAAGCAAGGAAUUUGACUGUCCCUUUCCUACCAAGUGGCCAUCACCAACCAUUGUUGAGCUGAUUGGAACCAGAUAUGCAAUGAUGGUGCUGGAAGGGCAAGGCCUCUUCCAAGGAGGUAGUGAUGGUGUCUUUCCAAGAGCAAAGAUCUGUUUCAGCUGCCAUAAGCAGAUGUUUCUUAAGUGGCCUUACAACUGUUACCUCUGCAGCAGGGUUGUCUGCUGUGACUGCUGCGUUAAGGCAAGUCUAGUCUUUACAACAGCAUGUGGGAUUUUUACAUUUUCUGCUUUCCCUCCUCCUCACCUAGUCCUCAGAAGCUUUCCUUCAUCCCACUGAUACCUCAAAUCUACCCUCUAGCUAGUUUCUAAGAAAAUAGAAGAGGGAAUAGUAUGAGGUGUAAAAGUAGCCAGGGUGACACAGAUAUCUCUUGUCAUACUCAGCUAAAACAACUCUGGUUCUUCUUUCUUUCAUCCUGUGUGAAGUGGUUGGGAUUACACUGUGCUCUAUUUAUACAAGGGUCAGAAAGUUCACUGCAUUAAUGUCUACCUUUUAAGUGCACCAAUAAAUCAAUUGCAUGGCAUGCAAAUUGUCUUGCUAAGGAGGAGGAUGUGUUUCCCUGAGAACUCAGGUGACUUGUGUUGUGAUUCUAGAUGUCAAUGCCCUUCAGAACAUGUGUACAUCUCCCACUUCAGUUCCUAAAAUUUUUGAGACUCUCCAGAGAGGAGGACCCAGCUACUCAAGAGCAGAAGAGCUCCGAGUUGCUACAUGAAAUAGAGCACUGGCAGUAUUUUGGUGUACCCGUUGUUUUGGAGCCCCGUUGCCUAGCACAGCCGCUGUGCUGUUACACAGGGGCCAUGGCUGACUGGCUGACUGCAGACAUCUGUACACGGUGUGAGCAAUAUCUGUUGAAUAUGGCUUCCAGUCAACAGCACAGCAUCCCUCUCAGGAGAAUUUCCUGGACUUGAACCAAACUGGAACGAUUCUACCAUACAUUUCUCCUGUCACUUGUUAUGUACCUGAAAUAAAUGAAACAGCUUUAUGCACCUACUGACAUAAAGGCCUGAAUAAAAGACCUCCCUGCUGGUUAGUCUAAGCAGGAAGCACAGUUAGUAUUUCUGUAUUGUGAAGUAUUCUAAAGCUUUGUGGGUUUUAGAACUGUUUUAUUCUUUUUAUGUGUCUUGGGAAAAAUAAAUGUUGAAGCACUAUCACGCCUUUGGCAUUUCUUUCUUUGCACCUGCAGUUGUCAUUGUUCUGUGGCACUGUUUGCAUUCAUUGCUGAGCAGACUUCAUUUAAUGUACUGAGCAGAGAGAAACUUCAAACCAAAACCCCCAUUUCUGAGAGGCUUGGAAAGUGGAGUUCUCAGUUAUGCAAUCACAUCACCAUGCAGAUUGCAAACACUCCUUCCUCAUAACUCAGUGUUGAAGCUCACUGCGUUGAUGCAUGUAGUGAUGGCUGCUCUGUCUGCUUGCAUUAGGAAGCAGAUUUGGUUUAGGAAGCUUGUUUUGGUUUUUGUCUGUGCAAUAUCGUGCUUUGUCACCAGAGCUUUCUGUGCAUCUCACAGAUAUACCUAUUAUAUCUCAAUGCUGUCAUCAGCUGAGGGGCACAGGGUUGUUCUUGAGAGAUUCUUGCUCAUUGUCUUGGCCUUAAGCAUUUGCCCUGGAAUAAACUGGAUUAUUGCAACAUU